CCGAUCCCAUUCGAAUGUCCCGCCAUUGUGCAGCUGCACGUCCGGGCUGAAAGGCUACGGAUCGAGGGGCCCACGCGCAAGUCAAGGCAUCCGCCCUCCUAGAGCGACAUCAGUCCUAUCUGCAACGUGGAGACGUCGCCCCACACUAGUCAAGUAACAUUUGAUCGUUGCCCGGGCUUCGAUACGGCACAACGACGUUUUGCUGACAAUUUGUACGAUCCGAGGGAACAAAUCGGUGAACUAGCGGCGCCCGAUCGCAAAAUGGAGUCGAACGAAGGUGUUGUGGAAUCGGCCAGUGAGGGUUGGCGAAGUUACGCGACUAUUUGCCGCCUUUGCCUGCAAAAGGACGGUUUUAUGUUGGGCAUUUUUAACAACAUCCACGGCAACGAGAAGAGCAUUGCCAAGAAAAUCGUCGACUGUACAGCCUUGUCGGUGUGCCAAGGAGACGGUUUGCCCAACGUGAUUUGCCAUCGAUGCCUGUUCAAAAUCGAAUUUUGCUUGGAAUUCCGCCAAUUGUGCUUCAUCUCCGAUGCUACCCUACGCCAGUUGGGCGGCAUUUCCAAAGAGAAUGGCGAAGAUCAUUCGAAUUCACCACAGAUGCCUAUUUAUGACCAAAUGCUCACUUGCGCCGAAGAAAACGUCGUUAUGGUGGUGGAUCCCAACACUCUGGACUAUGAUUCCGAGUAUGAAUCUGAUGAAAGGCAAAGUGACACGGAAAUGCAAGAGCUGGAUGGAAAAAACGUGUCAAUGUGCAAGUUCUGCGAUCACGCUUUUACAGAUAAAGUGGAAUGCACCGAGCACGAAACGACCGCUCACAAUUCAGCCUGCCCGUACAAUUGUGUGUCGUGUGCGAUGAAUUUUGCGGACAGACUGCUUUACUCGGCCCACAUGAAGAGUGUGCACAAAAACGACAAACCCUACAACUGUCCUCAAUGCGACCGCACUUUUGCACGGCGCUCCGACUUGAGAAAACACACGAUUGUCCAUACAGGAGUGAAACCCUACACGUGCACAGUAUGCAUGAAAUCGUUCUCACGCAACACCAACCUAUCGAAACACAUGCGCAUCCAUUCGGGAACGAAGCCGUUUGUUUGUCCCAAGUGUCCCAGAACGUUCACUUCGCGUGGUGAUUUGAAUCGGCAUUCCAUGAUCCAUACCGGACAGAAGCCUUUCAGGUGCAACUACUGCCAUUUGUCCUUCGGGCGCAAAGACAAGCUGUUAAGGCACGAGAAGCGCCACUGGCCUCAGCAGAACGCCAAAGAUAAGUCGGAUGAGCUGGAGAUGCUGAGGAACGACUUGGGCCUGGCCGACUACCGGAAUUUUAAGGCCAUUGGGGCCAAAACGCCGGAGGAUGGCGACCGGCAGGAAAACAUGGUGAUUAAUCUGGACCCCUUCAACCACAAUGAAUUUGGCAGCGAGACCAACUUGCAGGCGAAAGAAAACGACCUGCCAAGUGUGCCCGAGCACAUCAAGGACGAAUUCAAGGGAGAAGAUUCCAUGCUGUUCGACCCCAGCAGAGACCAAACCGGCGAGUCAUUUUCCAGCGACGGCCUGGAAAAAUCCGCAACAGAUGCGGAAGGCCGCGCGUAUCGAUGCCACGUUUGCCCGAAAACUUUUUCCACCCCCGACAAUUUGAAGUAUCACAUGGCGCGCCAUACAGGAAUUCGCCCUUUCACUUGCCACGUGUGCAACAAGUCGUUCAUCCGGAAGAGGGAGCUGGACCGACACGUGGUCACUCACACGGGUCUCAAGCCGUUCAAGUGCACCAAAUGCUCCAAGAGCUUUGGGCGGAAGGACAAGCUGGUGCGGCAUAUGCGAAUCCACGACAGGCGCGACUCGAUUGGCAAGAAGUUUCACGGGAAUGCGGACAAAAUUCGGAAACCGCUGUUUUUUCAGCAGCAGAAGCAGCAACUGAUGCAGGAGGCGGAAUAGAUUAGGAUCGACUUUCCACUUGUUCAGAAUUGAUUUCAAUAAACGUUUUUACUUUUUUAGUA